AUGACUGUCCCCGCCCCAAACGGCCACUGCAGCCAAUCAGGGCCUCUCAAGGACAAGGGCACGCCCCCUCAGCCAGACCUGUACCCCAAACUCCUGUACCCCAAACUCCUGUACCCCAGAGUCCUGUACCCCAAACUCCUGUACCCCAGAGACCUGUACCCCAAACUCCUGUACCCCAAACUCCUGUACCCCAGAGACCUGUACCCCAAACUCCUGUACCCCAAACUCUUGUACCCCAAACUCCUGUACCCCAGAGUCCUGUACCCCAGAGACCUGUACCCCAAACUCCUGUACCCCAAACUCCUGUACCCCAGAGGCCUGUACCCGAGAGACCUGUACCCCAGAGACCUGUACCCCAGAGUCCUGUACCCCAAACUCCUGUACCCCAGAGUCCUGUACCCCAGAGUCCUGUACCCCAGAGACCUGUACCCCAAACUCCUGUACCCGAGAGACCUGUACCCCAAACUCCUGUACCCCAGAGACCUGUACCCCAAACUCCUGUACCCCAGAGACCUGUACCCCAAACUCCUGUACCCUAGAGUCCUGUACCCCAAACUCCUGUACCCCAAACUCCUGUACCCCAGAGUCCUGUACCCCAGAGUCCUGUACCCCAGAGUCCUGUACCCCAAACUCCUGUACCCCAGAGACCUGUACCCCAAACUCCUGUACCCCAGAGACCUGUACCCCAAACUCCUGUACCCCAGAGACCUGUACCCCAAACUCCUGUACCCCAGAGACCUGUACCCCAAACUCCUGUACCCCAAACUCCUGUACCCGAGAGACCUGUACCCCAAACUCCUGUACCCCAGAGACCUGUACCCCAAACUCCUGUACCCCAGAGACCUGUACCCCAAACUCCUGUACCCUAGAGUCCUGUACCCCAAACUCCUGUACCCCAGAGUCCUGUACCCCAGAGACCUGUACCCCAAACUCCUGUACCCCAGAGUCCUGUACCCCAAACUCCUGUACCCCAGAGACCUGUACCCCAAACUCCUGUACCCCAAACUCCUGUACCCCAGAGACCUGUACCCCAGAGGCCUGUACCCCAGAGUCCUGUACCCCAAACUCCUGUACCCCAAACUCCUGUACCCCAGAGACCUGUACCCCAAACUCCUGUACCCCAGAGACCUGUACCCCAGAGUCCUGUACCCUAGAGUCCUGUACCCCAAACUCCUGUACCCCAGAGACCUGUACCCCAAACUCCUGUACCCUAGAGUCCUGUACCCCAAACUCCUGUACCCCAAACUCCUGUACCCCAGAGACCUGUACCCCAGAGGCCUGUACCCCAGAGACCUGUACCCCAAACUCCUGUACCCCAGAGGCCUGUACCCCAGAGUCCUGUACCCCAAACUCCUGUACCCCAGAGACCUGUACCCCAAACUCCUGUACCCCAAACUCCUGUACCCCAAACUCCUGUACCCCAGAGACCUGUACCCCAGAGACCUGUACCCCAAACUCCUGUACCCCAGAGACCUGUACCCCAAACUCCUGUACCCCAGAGUCCUGUACCCCAAACUCCUGUACCCCAAACUCCUGUACCCCAGAGACCUGUACCCCAAACUCCUGUACCCCAAACUCCUGUACCCCAGAGUCCUGUACCCCAAACUCCUGUACCCCAAACUCCUGUACCCCAGAGACCUGUACCCCAGAGACCUGUACCCCAAACUCCUGUACCCCAGAGACCUGUACCCUAGAGUCCUGUACCCCAAACUCCUGUACCCCAGAGACCUGUACCCCAGAGUCCUGUACCCCAAACUCCUGUACCCCAGAGACCUGUACCCCAAACUCCUGUACCCCAGAGACCUGUACCCCAAACUCCUGUACCCCAGAGACCUGUACCCCAAACUCCUGUACCCCAGAGACCUGUGCAGCAGGUGUGCAGAAGUGUAUUGA